CAUCACUCGGCCCCGCCCCACCCCACCUCCCAACCACCGCCGACGCAUGAAAGAGAUCCCGGCUGCCGACAAGACGCUCGCCACGAUCGGCGCAGUGCUCUGGUCGAUCCAGGUCAUCCCGCAGAUCGUCAAGAGCUACCGCACGAAGAGCACCGAGGGGCUGAGCCCCGCGCUCAUGUUCAUCUGGGCAUGCGCAACCAUCUUCCAAGGCUCGUACCUCGUCUCGAUGCGCUCCUCGAUCCCGCUGCAGAUCCAGCCGCAAGCGUUCGGCGGCCUCGGCGUGGUCUCCUGGGGCCAGUGCUUGUACUACGGCAAAAAGUACACUCUGCGCCGCACGCUCGCGUGCGUCGGCACAUUUUACGCCGUCUUCGUCGGCUUCGAAGUCGGCUCCGUGUACGCGCUCUGGGCCGGCGAGCGCCGCGGCAUCACCUGGCCCAUGCAGAUGUAUGGGUGGAUCACGAGCGCGCUGCUCGUGCUCGGCCUGCUCCCGCAGUACUGGGAGAUCUGGCGCCACCGCGAGGUGUUGGGCAUCUCGAUCGCGUUCAUGCUCGUGGAUAUUGGCGGGGGCGUGUUUUCGGGCGUGUCCCUCUUCUUCCGGGCGCACUUUGACAGCACCGCGUUCGUGCAGUACUUUCUUGUGGUUGUGCUCGACGGCGUGGUGGUGCUGCUUGCGUGCGUGUUGAAUCCGCUCGCGAAGAGGCGGCGCGCGAGAGAGGCGGCGCUCGCGGACGCGGAGAACUCGGCAGGCGUAGAGGAUAGUGGGAGCCCGGAGGUCGAGUCGAUGGCGCGCGCGCUGGACCGAUCCGACUCGUAUCCACGCACGGUCACGCUCACGGCGCAGCCGCACGACGGCAAGUCGGACGACGAGUCGCUCUUGGAGCGCGAGGAGCGGGUCGAGUAUGGUGGGAAUGGGGGGCGGGGGGAUCGCGCCGUCUCUGCGACAGACACAUAGCUUUUAGACAUAUCGACAUGGCAUCUUGGGUUCGCAUCGCUUACAUGUAUCACUAUAU